UCAGAAUCAAUUCCCGAAAGGUCAGAGCACUACCAUCAUCCGCCAAGACUGGUACAUAGAGUAUAUUCGAUGACUUGAACAGUAGUGCAAGGUCCAGAGACUAUAGGGCUAGACAUUACAUUUGUCAGACGUGACUAGAUCAUACUGCUCAGACGUGAAUAGACCGUACUAGUCUAGACUUGAAUAGACAGCACUGGUCAGACGUGAAGAGUAGGACUAUAAGUGUGACAGAUACCCGAAGGUCCCCGAUUAGACAGAAUCUUUAUCCGCACGGGGAAACGAGAAAAAGGGAUAAACAACGUCGAACCCAGAAGCAGUUUAAGAUGGGUUUGUUUAUUUCCAAACUUGGUUUCUUUCUUUCAAAACUCAUUGUGUGGAAAAAAGACGACAGUGAAAUGAGAGAAAGAAAACUAAUUCCCAAGGAUUUACACCCUGGUUCUUGCACAAACAACAGGGUUAUGAAGACACAUGCGUCAGCACAAAAUCAUGACGUUGAUGGAAAAAGAAAUGAUGCAGAACAAAUAUCAGAAACCUCUGACUUGAUGACAAAUGAGGAAACAGAUCACAGCAGUUUAGAAAUGAGUUCGAAUCCAAGGUCAGAACUUGACGAUGACAACGACACCGACUACAGGGAAAACACCUUAGCAACACUGACAGUUACAUCACAUCCAGGGACAAAUAGGGAACCGACAGGUACGUCACCAUCAUCAUACAUGCCAGGACCAGUUGCAGAUUUGGAAAACUCAGCAUCAUCCAGCACACCUGUCAAGGAGCAACAGCCGUCUGACGGGACACAGCCGUUGGAGACUAAAGACGGAGGGAGUGUCAUCGAUGAAUCUGGUCUUGGUUCGUCAGACUGCAAGGAGAAUAGCACUGAAACAAGUCCAUGCAAAGACAAACUCAAGACAGAAGAAUACCAGAAGCAGCAAAUAGAAUUUCUGCAAAACGAGCUCGCAAACAUAAACAGCCCUACCAGACAACUCCCCGACUUUCAACAACAACAACAACAACAACAACAACAACAACAACAACAACAACAACAACAACAACAACAAGGCUUUAGAGGUUUGACGAGCUUUACAACUGCUUACAAUAUCAGGCGGUUCCUCUGA